AUGGAGUUGGGAAAGACCAUAAUUCGCCCGGCGCUCGCCAUAGCUCCCCUUGAGAUCUUCCUGCAAAGGGCACACGCUGAGGUCAACGCCUGCCGCAAUGCCCCUCCAGGCUCGCCACCAGAAGCUAGCCAUUUGCCUGCGUCUACCAAAAAGACACCCCGAUCUCCAGAUGCAAAAGCCCCCUCCGAUCCCUCCUGGCAAUCAUGUCCGUGCCUUGAGUGUUUGUCUGCGACCAAAAUGACGCUCAAGCUGGGCUGCCUCGUCCUGCUCAUACCACCAGGCCUCCACAAGGGUCGGACAAUGGAAACCAAAAAACUAAUCAACGAGGAAGAGCUCAAGAUACUCGGCAUAGACUUCGUCCAUAUCCCAGAUCCCGAGUUUUCGGCCUGA